GCAGCUGCAGCUCCCACCCAGUCAGCACCUAGCAGAGCUGCGGGUCCUUCCCCAGCGCAUCUCCGGAUCGCUUCCGGGGCUGGCGGACGCUGCUCCAAGACAGGGUGCCCCGGGUUGGUGCAGACCUCCCCUCAACCACCAGCUUGAGUCUCGCCUCCUGGGCUGGUCCUCCUGCAGAAGUGACCCUCCGUGGCCCUGUCCUGACACAAGUCACUCACGGGUGCCGGCGCGUCCUGCAGCCUCUUCCUAUGAUUCCGGCUGGAUUUGGCUGGCUGAGGGGACACGCUCCAGGGGGCUUUCUGGGUCUCAGUGGGACAGCAGCUACCUCUCCCACGACUGUGGCGAAUGCCAGGAACUGAGGGGACAGGUCCCACAGCCUCAGGGCGGGCGCUCAGGACGCAAUGGAGAAUAAAGCCAUGUACCUGAAUACCAUGAGUGAUCGCGACACUGGCUCCAUCUUCGAGGAGCCCUUUGAUGGCAGGAGCCUAUCCAAACUGAACCUGUGUGAGGAUGGUCCAUGCCACAAACGGCGGGCAGGUGGCUGCUGUACCCAGCUGGGCUCCCUGUCAGCUCUGAAGCAUGCAGUCCUGGGGCUCUACCUGCUGGUCUUCCUGAUUCUUGUGGGUAUCUUCAUCUUAGCAGUGUCCAGGCCGCGCAGUUCCCCGGACGACCUAAAGGCUCUGACUCGGAACGUGAACCGGCUGAAUGAGAGCUUCCGGGACUUACAGCUCCGGCUGCUGCGGGCUCCGCUGCAGGUGGACCUGACCGAGCAGGUGUGGAAGGUCCAGGAUGCCCUGCAGAACCAGUCGGACUCCCUGCUGGCACUGGCGGGCCUGGUCCAGCGGCUAGAGGGGGCACUGUGGGGGCUGAACACGCAGGUGGCACAGACCGAGCAGGCGGUGGCCCUGCUGCGCGACCGCACGGGCCAGCAGAGCGACACGGCGCAGCUGGAGCUCUACCAGCUGCAGGUGGAGAGCAACCGCAGCCAGCUGCUGCUGACGCGCCACGCCGGCCUGCUGGACGGGCUGGCGCGCCGGGUGGGCGUCCUGGGCGAGGAGCUGGCUGACGUGGGUGGCGCGCUGCGUGGCCUCAACCACAGCCUGUCCUAUGACGUGGCCCUCCACUGGACGCGGCUGCAGGACCUGCAGGUGCUGGUGAGCAAUGCCACCGAGGACACGCGCCGCAUGAGGCUGGUGCACAUGGCCAUGGAGCUGCAGCUCAAGCAAGAGCUGGCCACACUCACCGUGGUGACCGAGGACCUGCGCCUCAAGGACUGGGAGCACUCCAUCGCCCUGAGGAACAUCUCCCUUGCCAAAGGGCCGCCGGGACCCAAAGGUGACCAGGGGAAUGAAGGGAAGGAAGGCCAGCCGGGCAUUCCUGGACUCCCUGGACUUCGAGGUCUGCCGGGGGAGAGAGGUAUCCCAGGACUGCCUGGUCCCAAGGGUGACGAUGGGAAGCUAGGAGCCACAGGCCCCAUGGGCAUGCGUGGAUUCAAAGGUGACCGAGGUCCAAAAGGAGAGAAAGGAGAGCGAGGAGACAGAGCAGGGGAAGCUGCAGGUGCUAUGGACGUCACGAUGAUUCGCCUGGUGAAUGGCUCAGGCCCACACGAGGGCCGUGUGGAGGUGUACCAUGACCGGCGCUGGGGCACGGUGUGUGACGACGGCUGGGACAAGAAGGACGGGGACGUGGUGUGCCGCAUGCUGGGCUUCCGUGGCGUGGAAGAGGUGUACCGGACAGCUCGCUUUGGGCAAGGCACAGGGAGGAUUUGGAUGGACGAUGUUGCCUGCAAGGGUACCGAGGACUCCAUCUUCCGCUGUGGCUUCUCCAAAUGGGGGGUAACAAACUGUGGACAUGCUGAGGAUGCUGGGGUGACAUGCAGUAGACACUAAAAGUGAGCCCGGAUCAAGGUCAGGGCCCCGCUCCCACGCCACCUCCUGCAUCUCUGGAGCGGAGGCAUCUCUUGGAGCUGCUCUGCCCAUGCCUCUGCCUUGCCUAGUCCAACAACUCCCCCCUCCCCCCCCCCCGUCACCCUACUCUGGCUUCAUGGUGACCUGAUGUCACUCUCCUUCCGGACACCUGCUCCAGAUGACUCUGCGGGGGCGACUGUUAUCUCUCCCUUCCACGAGUGUUCCUGUGUGUGGAGCCCCGAUCAACUAUAUCGUCACCAGUUUGCCUAGUCAUCUGAACAUCAUCCACAUGGCCAUGAUGUCAAUGUUCCCUUUGUUCUCUUGGUUACAGAGGGAUGCUGAGACGACGUCAGAGACAAAGGCCACAGUGGACAUUAUUGUAGGUCACUUCCUUUCCAGAUAAUUUCCCGACCUUGGUUAGACCCAAAGUUUCAACACCCACCUCUCCAGCAAGCAGAACUCCUAAAUGACUCUGUCUCCCCGGCUUUACUCUGCCUCUGGGCGCCAUGUUUUGUUUGGGCAGGUGACAGGUGAGAAGCCAGCUACAAGAGCGGGUGGAAAUUGCAAGUCCCCUGCAGAAACCUAGCUGUAGCAAAAGAGGAACAAAGUAGCAUGUAUUGAAUGACUGUUGUGGUGUGCUGAACAGUAUCUUGGGUGCUAAAAUCAUUCAUCCACUUUGCUAUGGUCAUGCAGAGCAUAUCAGUCAGGGCAGGUCCCUGCCUCCAGGUUGCACACACCUGGCCCCUGGGUCCGAAGACGGAGAAUGACUGAGAUCAGGUUCCCAUGUGAACCUUAGCUUGUCUCUGUGAGCUACAAGCUUGGGCAAGAGACAUGGGUGAUUAGAGAGUUGCAACCUCUAAAUCGUACAGCGAGCAAGUGCUCGGUCAGACACCAUGGGCUUCUGGGUCACACAUGCACAUCAGAGAGCUGAUUUGGAGCUUGGCACAGGGACGGUGCUCAGUUGCUGGGCAGUAAGUGCCAGAGGCAAGUCACUUGUAGCAUAGGGAUGCUUCUGGAACCUUCCAGGCCUCUUCAGGUGUAAUCAUCAGGAGAACUCAAAACCUGAUGAACCCUAAAGGGAUGAAAAGAAGUGAGGAUUACCCAUAACCUCUGGGGCGAAUGAUUGUCCUUGGGUGUCUGCUUUCCCCUUCUGGUAACGGGUAGACCAACCACGUGCUACCGCUUAAAAGAGGGGGAGGGGAACUGGGCCCUCUAUGUGCUCUAGAACAUAGAGGGGCAACAGGAUAGCAAGUGAGCGCAGGCACAUCUGGCUACGGGGAGGUGAGACCUUGGUUGCAUGAUCAUCUUUCCUGUCAGGUGAACCAUCAUUUGGCCAGGGAAGGGAGACCUGGGUAUCCUCCAUGUUCAGGUCCCUCAAAGGUCCUCGCUAACCAUUAUGCAAUAUGUGCCCAAGGCCGUUCUCUGCUUACAACAUGCUUGUUACUCCUGUCCCCACGACCAAAGCCUCUCCUUCUGACCAACUGCUAUGUUUACAUAACACACAUGUACUCAUGUAUCUUCUUCCAGAGCCAAUAUACAUAGAUAUAUAUAUAUAUAUAUAAGCAUAGCACUCUACUGCAUAGCUCAGCACAUCACAAAGUUUAUGUUUUAAGAAGUACUAAAGGUGUAAAAAUGUCACUUUGAAAAAAAGAAAAGAAUCCCAACUCUGUUCUGGUGAAGAACCCAGUUACCCCCACCAAAGAAGACCCACGUAACUUUCUUACUUGGUCUUUUCAUUUAGGGGAACGUAAGUCUUGUGUUGUGUCUCUAUAAAAACAGUGUUGACAAGUGUUUGAACCUUAAAAGCAAAAGUCGACUAGUUUACAUUCCUACCUAAGAGGACAUGGAGAUGACCAUGGACCUGUGUUUCAGGGACUAAUGGAAAUUAGGCCUAGCCUAAAAUACUUCAGACCUUUUGUAAGAAAGAAUUUCAAUAAAGCAAAAGUUAAAAA